AAAUGCAACAACCUUGACCGGAUAGAUUCCUUAGUUUUUAUUUGACCAGAUGGAUUCCUUAGUUUUAUUUAGCAAAGUAAGCAUCAUUAUUAUAGAAAAUGCAACAACCUUGACCGGAUGGAUUCCUUAGUUUUUAUUUGGCCGAAUCAGAGUUCUUUCAAUCAUUUAAUAUUUCUCAACCAACUCUAUAUUUGUUUUGGAAGGGAGGAUAAGCUACAUAAUCAAACUUCAACCGUGAUACAAUUGAUAAAAUGCCCACGGUUGCUGACUUUAUUGUUUUCAUCUCUUGAUCAUAAUGACCAUGAGUUUCCUUUUGGCAUUAAGCCAUAUAAGGAAAUGAAGGCUGAUGUAUUAAGACAUCAAAUUGCCUAUCACUCAAAUUUCUUCUCACAGGCAAGGUCCUUGGUUCGCAAAGGAGAUGUUAUAAGCGUCACAGAUCCUUCACUAGUGGGAAGUGUCAAAAUUGAGUCCAUAUGGAGGGUAACCGAAGUUGCAAUUCAAUGUGUAGAACAACAUGGAGCUUCCAGGCCAAAGAUGCAGGAAAUCAUAUUGGCUAUACAGGAUGCAAUCAAGAUUGAAAAAGGAACCGACAUAUCAGCUUCAUCAGGAUGUUCCAAAACACAAUCUUCACGCAAAACCUUACUCACAAGCUUUCUUGACAUUGAAAGCCCAGACCUUUCCAAUGGGUGCCUAAUCCCAACAGCAAGAUAAUCACAUUCCAGCCCCACCCCCACACCCCUUUUUACUCUGUAACUGUAUAGUUGUAGCAUAUAUUAUUUUAUCUCUUUGUAUAACCAAGUU